CCAAUAAGCAGUAGACGACGGCCCUCGUAAGCGGAAUCACUACCGCAAAUUAUCAUUUUUAUUGUAUUGUAUUAUAUUUUAAUGUUUUGGUGUGUGACCAUAUAAUGUGCCGUUCGACAAUGUAUUUACAUGUGAUUCAAAUUGUGAAAUGAAGUGACCCGUUUUUUCACUACUGGAACAAUUUAUAGUUUUAUUUCUUCAAAAUUUUAUUAGUGUUACAGUAUUAGCUACGUUAGGGGGCGGUACCGUGAUGCCAGUUCGUAAGCAAGAGGCCCACCGAGCGUUAGAACUGCUGGAAGACUACCACAGCAAACUAAUAAAACCACAGGACCGACAGCUUCGUCUUGCGAUCGAAAGAGUUAUCAGGAUUUUCAAGUCACGCCUGUUUCAAGCCCUUCUUGAUAUUCAAGAAUUUUACGAAUUAACCCUUCUCGACGAUACCAAGUCUGUUCAGCAGAAAACAGCGGAGACAAUCCGCAUAGCAAACAAGUGGGAAGCCGACGGCGUUCGUCGUGAAUCAGGAGACAAUGAAUACAGAUCAGUUUCGAAUGCCUUUCUGCAAGACAACAAUAGAAAAUCGGACAAUCGGAAUGUUGACACGCCAGAUUCGGCGCGGGUGGGGGCCAUUCCUUCUAUCAUAUCGCCAACUGGAGAAGCAGAAGAGAAGAAGGCUCACGUCUCAACACCUGAAAUGAAGCAGUUGCAGAUAAACGGGAUAGAAGGUGGUUCGGAGCGCACGGUGGGCGAGGAUGGCUACUUGUACUUAACCGUGGUGUUGUCGAGGGCGGGGGGCGCGGGGCUCGGCUUCAGCAUCGCGGGCGGCGCCGACAACCCGCACGUGGCCGACGACCCGCACAUCUACGUCACUAAGCUCAUACCCGGCGGGGCGGCCGCUGCCAGCCAAUUGCUAAUUAACGACGCCAUACUACAGGUUAACGACACGUCAGUCGAAAAUGUGACGCACGCCGAGGCGGUUGAUGCGCUAAAAAAGGCUGGAAACACAGUAAGACUGAAAAUAAGACGUCGGCCGACUGAUGAGAAUCUGCUAAGCGUAUCACAAAUAUCAAAUAAGGAGGAAGCGGUGGAAAUAGAGUUGGUGAAAGGCGGGUCCGGGUUAGGCUUCAGCAUAGCGGGCGGCGUCGGCAACCAGCACAUACCGGGCGACAAUGGCAUCUACGUGACCAAGAUCAUGGCGGGUGGCGCCGCGCACCGCGACGGCCGGCUGCGGGUCGGCGACAAACUGCUGGUCGUUAAAAACACUUCAAAAGGCGACGUAGAUCUAGACAACGUGACCCACGAGGAUGCCGUGAGCGCACUGAAGGCUACCGGCGAGCGCGUGCAGCUGGUGCUCAUCCCGGGCCCCAGACACGGACAGCCUUCGCCGAGGACGUCGCGGGCUAACACACCAUCAAGUACUGCAAAUUCUCUAAGACGCGAGGACGUAACAGACAGCACCGAGGAGCCUCGUGUGGUGGACAUCGAGAAAGGCCCACAAGGCCUCGGAUUCAACAUCGUGGGCGGUGAAGACGGCCACGGGAUCUACGUAUCAUUCCUACUGGCGGGCGGCCCGGCAGAGAAGUCGGGCCAACUGAGAAGAGGGGACCGGUUACUGGCUGUGAAUGACAUUGAUAUAACCCACGCUACACAUGAACAAGCCGCUAAAGCCUUGAAGGGCACAGGACAAAAUGUAAAAUUAACAGUAGUAUACAGGCCACAGGAGUACAAUAAAUUUGAAGCUCGAAUAAAUGAACUCAAGCAGCACCACACACUGUUGAGGACUUCGCAGAAACGGUCGCUUUACGUGAGAGCUCUCUUUGACUACGAUCCCAUCCGAGACGACGGUCUGCCGUCGAGAGGACUGCCAUUCCGAUACGGUGACAUAUUACACGUCACCAACGCUUCUGAUGACGAGUGGUGGCAAGCCAGGCGGCUAGACACGACGGAUCCAGACGCAAUCGGUAUCAUUCCGUCAAAGCGACGCUGGGAACGAAAACAACGGGCGCGGGAUCGACAGGUCAAGUUCCAGGGACAGGGCACACCCGUCAGCACGAGUCAGUCAACAUUGGAAAGGAAAAAGAAAACGUUAUCGUUUAGCAGAAAGUUCCCAUUCAUGAAGAGCCGGGAGGAUGGCAAAUCGGAAGACGGCUCGGACCAGGAGCCUUUCAUGCUUUGUUAUACUCAAGAGGACACUAACGCGGACGGGGAAAUCUUGUAUCGAGUGGAACUUCCCAUGAUGGAGGAGAUAACGCUCAUUUAUCUCGAGGACGAGAGUCAAGAUGAAGCGGUUUUGUCGUACGAAACAGUCCAGCAGCUGACGAUCAAUUACACGAGGCCGGUGAUAAUCCUCGGCCCGCUCAAAGACAGGAUCAAUGACGACCUCAUAUCAGAGUUCCCCGAUAAGUUUGGAAGCUGCGUGCCCCAUACAACCCGGCCGCGACGAGACUACGAAGUCGACGGGCGCGAUUACCAUUUCGUGGGCAGCCGCGAGCAAAUGGAGCGCGAUAUACAGAACCACCUGUUCAUCGAGGCCGGCCAGUAUAACGAAAACCUCUAUGGGACGUCCGUCGCCUCCGUCAGAGAAGUCGCCGAAAAGGGCAAACAUUGCAUUUUAGACGUAAGCGGAAACGCCAUCAAAAGGUUACAAGUGGCGCAACUUUACCCUAUUGCCAUAUUUAUUAAACCAAAGAGUGUAGAAUCUAUUAUGGAAAUGACGAAGCGAAUGACCGAAGAGCAAGCGAAAAAAACGUACGAACGCGCUCUGAAGAUGGAGCAAGAAUUCGCUGAAUAUUUUACAGCGGUAGUGACAGGCGAUACGCCGGAAGAGAUCUACGCGAAAGUGAAGGCCGUGAUCACUGCGGAGAGCGGGCCCACCGUGUGGGUGCCGCGCCGCGACCCGCUGUGAGCCCCCGUGCCAUACCCCCUCCCCAUCCACCCUACUGCGGCCCAAACACUGGUAUUUGACUUCCCUGGAGCUUUAUAUCCAUAGAAGCAGUUGAAUUAAGGCAAACUAAUGCUAUCCACCCUGAGGCAGAAGCGAGCUGACCACAAACCAGUUUUCUGCAGACACGCGAUGGCAGCAGACCGCUAAUACGGGCGUCGUGACAGCAGACAACGCAAAAUAAACGGCUCGAACAGAAGCUCAACAAACGCGAAAAGAUCUCUCAAGUCGAGCUGCCUCAGCACGCGCCUGCUUCUACUGGAUACGAAGCUUACGUUUGUUGAAUAAUGUGAUAGGUUUGAGGACCGAAAACGCGAAUUUGUAUUACGUUAGUAAAUAAAUUGACCAACGCGUUGAACUAUCCCAAGCGAACAAAACUGUUCGUUUUAGAUUUAAUUUAAAAGAAUAAAUAGCAAAUUAUCACUUGAUGAACCUGUACUUGUAAUGCCACUAUAAAGACUAAAGAGAUUCAAAAGUUAAUAAUAUUAAGUACAUCCAUGACUUGAAUUUAAAUUAUAUUUUAACUUAAUAAAGUCAAAUACCAAAGUACUAUUAAAGCGGCAAUCAUACUUAUCCACACAAGCAAUAUCAUGUUCAAGAACUUUGAAUCUCUAAUCCAUAUUUCGCCAAUGGGAUUCCACAGGAGAGCAAGAAGCAAUGUGAAAUCCCAUAUUCAUCAUCUAUAAGCAAUAUUUCGCGGUCAUUAGAAACAAAGCGCGUUAGAUAGUCACGUUUUUUAAAAUCUAUUUAUUUUACGAUUUUAUAUUUGACGCAUUGUAGUCUAUAGGCGGAGAUCGUUUAAGCAUAAGUUUCGUCUUUUGAAACAUUUCACGCAAACUGAAAUGGUAACCGUUUAAUAAUACCAUUGCUUUCACUGUAGAAUAAUUACGCUUGUGUUUAUUGUGCAAAUCUUAUAGGUAGUGUUUUAUAUUUCGCGAAAAGGAAAUAUAAUAAAAAGUUAUUUAUUGAGAAAUCCAGUUAAUAUGCUUCGAUUGAAUGUAAAUGAAUUGUAUAUUGUAGGAAAAAAAUGAUAUUAUUGUUCAUGUUAAUUUGUUAACUCAGAUUGCUAGAGUAAAUUGUGAAUUUUCGUCAGCAUUAACUAAUAAUAAUAAUUUAUAAUCUUUUAUGUACACAGAUAAUAAAAGUAAUUCUCAAAGGACAUUGUGCACUAUAUUGGGUGAUACGAGAAAUAUAUGACAAUUGUUCUAGUUGUAAACUUUAUAAAUUAUAAUACAGUAGUCGAAACCCACCUCACGCGUCCCGCAUGGCUAGGCUAAGUCGUAUAAUCAGAAUUUUUUGCUCAAGCGGCAAUCCGUAUUGAAGCCACUGAAUCUCAUCAUGACAUUGUGCACACCAACAUCCAUUAACACUUAAUUAGGUGAGGUGCAAAGUUGUUUGUUGAUCAUUUUUAUAGUAAGAAAUUGUGUUAUAAUAUGGUGUGAAAUGUCUCACCAAUAGUGUUUGACAUUUAUUUAUUGAGAAUUUUAUUUUCUUACGAGUAAUAGAAUGCCCAUCUGCAAAUAUGGCGCUGAAACACGAGCACUAUAUGCUUCAAAAUGCGAAAAUUAUUGAACAUCUCUAAUUCUUUUUAUACAGCAGUUAUUCAUUACUCUUGUACUUAAAUUAUAUGAAUAGAUUAUAUUUUUAUUUUUAGAUUAUGAAUAUGAUACAUAUGCCAUGUUAAUACAAUUUAAGGGUUAUUUUAUUUGCAUGAUGACAAUAUAGAUUUAUAUUACUCAAUCCAUUACGGAAUCGCGACAAGCAUCGAUUCUUUGCUUGUGUUAUUAUAUUUUUACACAAUAGCUACCAAAGAUAUUCAAAUCACACAAGGCAUAUUGGCAUAUGAAUUUUAUAAUUACUUAACUGAUGGAUGUGACUUGAAUGUGGUUCAUUUUAAGACCUUACAUAAAUGUAAAUAACUAUACAUUUAUAUUGACUCACUUUAUGUAAUAUUUAUCAUAAUGAACUUAUUUGAACUUGGCUUGAAUGUGGAUACUUGAUUAUUGCGUGUGUAUCUGUCAUGUUAUAAUUAUUUUAAUUUAAGUUACUACACUGAUGUAUUAACAAUAUUACUAUGAUUUGUUUUAUUUAAAUAGGUAUUUAUUAAUUUGUGCUAAGUAGGUAUUCUAUUAAAUUAAUGGAAUGUGUUAAAUUUGUGUAUAAUAUUAAUAAAAUUGUAAGUAUUAAUAAUGUUUUAACACCUAGUUAACUUGAACAUUUUACCAAACUCCCAUAUUUGCAGAUGUACAAUGUUUAUCAGUUAGUGAUGUUCAAUAGACUAGUUUGAAUAAAAUUAUUUACGUUGAAAAUUC